GUGGCGGCCUCUAACCUCUCCCUCCAGCUUGCUCGGACCUGCCCUGGGAAAGGAUAGGGAGGGAAGGAGGGGGCGGAACGACCCCUGAGUCCAUUCUCCCAUCUCCAGCGGCGGCCGAGUCUGCAGAGGACUGGGGACAUUUGCAAAUGGCUAGUCUUGGCUUGGGUCUGGAAGAGCUGCAGCACGACCCUCCUCCGGAGCCCGCCUUCCACGAGGCGCAGAAGUGGAUCGAGCAAGUGACUGGCCGAAGUUUUGGUGACAGAGAUUUUCGAACAGGACUAGAAAAUGGCAUCCUGCUCUGCGAACUGCUGAAUGCUAUAAAACCAGGACUUGUAAAAAAGAUCAAUAGAUUGCCCACCCCCAUUGCAGGAUUGGACAAUAUCAUCUUAUUCUUAAGAGGCUGCAAAGAGCUCGGGCUUAAAGAAUCUCAACUUUUUGACCCAGGUGAUCUCCAGGACACUUCAAAUAGAGUAGCAGUCAAGAGCAUUGACUGUAGCAGAAAGCUGAAAAAUGUAUUAGUUACCAUUUACUGGCUGGGGAAAGCAGCAAACAGCUGCACAGCAUAUAGUGGAACCACACUGAAUCUAAAGGAAUUUGAAGGAUUGUUGGCACAGAUGCGAAAGGAGACUGAUGAUAUUGAAAGCCCUAAACGUAGCAUCCGAGACAGUGGCUAUAUAGACUGCUGGGAUUCUGAGCGCAGUGAUUCCCUCUCUCCACCGCGGCAUGGUCGAGAUGAUUCUUUUGACAGUCUGGACUCAUUUGGCUCCCGUUCUCAGCAGACACCCUCCCCAGAUGUAGUCCUCAGAGGAAGCAGCGAUGGCAGAGGAAGCGACUCAGAAUCUGAUUUGCCUCAUCGAAAGCUGCCGGAUGUAAAGAAGGAUGACAUGUCAGCGAGAAGGACUUCUCACGGUGAGCCGAAAUCAGCAGUGCCUUUUAACCAGUACCUCCCCAACAAGAGUAACCAGACAGCUUAUGUACCUGCUCCUCUGAGAAGGAAGAAGGCAGAGCGAGAGGAGUACCGGAAGAGCUGGAGUACAGCAACUUCACCCCUAGGUGGCGACAGAACUUUCAGGAGCAUGAGUAUGCUUGACAUGCGGUGUGAAGAAGAAGCCACCGCCGUGCAGCCCCACAGCAAGGCCCGGCAGGAGCAGCUGCAGUUCAUUAACAGCCAGCUGAAGGAGGAAGACCACAAAUGGCAAGAUGACCUGGCUCGUUGGAAAAGCCGUAGAAGAAGUGCAUCUCAGGACCUGAUCAAGAAAGAAGCUGAGAGGAAAAAAAUGGAAAAAUUGUUGGCUGGUGGCGAUGGAACAAGUGAACGAAGGAAAAGUAUUAAAACCUACAGAGAGAUUGUUCAGGAAAAGGAACGGAGAGAGAGAGAGCUACACGAGGCUUAUAAGAAUGCCCGUUCCCGAGAGGAGGCAGAGGGGAUCCUCCAGCAGUACAUCGAAAGGUUUACUAUUAGCGAGGCUGUCUUGGAGCGCUUGGAGAUGCCAAAAAUUCUGGAAAGAAGCCAUUCAACAGAGCCAAACUCAUCUUCCCUGAAAGACCCAAAUCCCAUGAAAUACUUGCGGCAACAGUCACUGCCUCCUCCCAAAUUCACUGCCACUGUUGAAACUACCAUUGCUCGCCCCAGUGAACUGGACCCCAGCGUUUCAGCAGGCAGUACAUCUCCAAGCAAAACUGUUGUUCCAAAAGCAGUGCCUAUGCUGACACCUAAGCCUUACCACCAGCCGAAAAACACGCAGCAGGUUUUGAAAACGUUUAAGGUUGAUGAAAAAGUCAGCGUGAAUGGAGAAACUUUUAAUGGCGUAGAAGAAGAGAAAGAAAGCGAGUGUACAACAGCAACGUUUUCCCCCUCGUUAACUAGAUCUCAGAGAUUUGAAGGUGUGGCCAGAGUGGAUGGUUCCCCGGGAGAGCUGAAGCAGGAUGUCAGUAGCGUUGAGAUCAGUGUAAAGAAGGCAAACUCACUGAACAGAGAAUUAACAACUUCCACCACUGAGGAAGCUGAACCGCCCCCUCAAAAGGAAGAAACUGAUUGUGGACAAGAAGAAAGUGGGAGCACAGAACGUGACUCAUCAGAGUGUCAGUACUUUACGACUACUGUGACCCGAGCCAGCCCAACUGUGGCCUUUGUGGAGCUCAAUCCCAGCCACCAGCCUAAGGACCCCGAAGCAGAAGACAAAGACCAGAGGAAACUGGAGAGUGAAAUGAGUGGCAAGGUGGAGCUGGUGCUGUCGCAGAAGGCAACGAAGCCAAAGUCUCCAGAACCAAAAGCAAUUCUGUUGUCUCCGUACCUGAACCAAGUACCAGAAACCAACCAAUCAACUUUGCCAAAUCUUGAUUCACAAGAGUCGCCUGGCACAGCCACUGUUCCGCUUAGGGUUCGGAACUCUUGGCGACGUUCACGGUUUUUCUCCCAGUCAGUGGAGUCUAAUAGCAGUGAGAAGUCACCUGCAAGUACACCUCGUUUCAACUUGUGGGCAUGGGAUCCAGAGGAGGAGCGCCGCCGGCAGGAGAAAUGGCAACUUGAACAGGAACGUUUGCUUCAGGAGAGAUACCAGAAGGAACAGGACAAACUGAAAGAGGAAUGGGAGAAGGCACAAAAGGAAGUAGAGGAAGAAGAGCGUAGAUAUUAUGAGGAGGAACGCAAGAUCAUUGAAGACACUGUGGUUCCCUUCACAAUUUCUUCAAGUUCAGCUGACCAGAUUUCUACCUCUUCCUCUGUCACAGAAGGAAAUGGGCCAGUGAAUAAGAUGGAAUUGGAAGAUUCUAAAGAGGAAGAAAAAAGGCAAAGACCACUCCGGGAGGAAGAAAGCGACUUGCUGCUGAAGAAUAAGGAGAGUGUUGCUUUAGAGGAAACAAGGAGCAGUGCACCCCAGGUGACCCCAGCACAUCCAGAAACCUCUGUUCCAAAAGGAAGUCAUCAGGACCAUCAGUUGUCAACAGCUGAGCCUGGUACAGCAGACCGCAGGCUGAACUUAGAGUUAUCUCAGGACACAUCAUGGAAUCAGCCAUGGUCACCUGCGCCGUCACAUGCAUUAGAAGAUGUGAAACAGAAAACCCUCCCGGUGGAUCAAAGCAUCAACCACCAGGUUGCCUCUCCCAGUGAGAGAAGAAAGACAAGCCCUCUUGAGAAUUUCAGAGCUGGGCAGUUAUCCCCAUGCUCUCCUACCCCUCCUGGCCAAUCUCCCAACAGGUCUAUAAGCGGAAAGAAGUUAUGCUCCGCUUGUGGACUUCCUCUGGGGAAAGGAGCCGCCAUGAUCAUUGAAACACUUAGCCUUUAUUUUCACAUUCACUGCUUCAGGUGUGGAAUCUGCAAAGGACAGCUUGGAGAUUCAGUGAGUGGAACAGAUGUCAGGAUUCGCAAUGGUUUGCUAAAUUGCAAUGACUGCUACAUCCGGUCCAGAAGUGCUGGUCAGCCAACAACCUUGUGACAUGGUUUUCACUCCUACACAUCACCUCCCACUUCUCCCUUUGGGGAUGUCCUGGACAAUCGCUUACAAAUGCCCAUAUUUGUGGAGCUUCAUGGCACUCAUUUAAUUUUUAAAAAGCUAUACUAAGAGGCUGUGUCUGUUCCUUUAUAACGCAGUGUAUGUAUGUGUUUUCCUUUUUUUUUUCCUUUUUGCAUUUGCACAGUAUCUCUUGAGAGAAUAUUGAGUUAUUUUGAUCCUGAAUCCUUCAGAAAGUUGUGUGGGGUUUCUUUGGUAUGGCAAGAUAAUGUUGAUGAUUUAAAAUGUGAUAUUAUCUUUUUUGGGAAUUAAGAUUAAAAAAAUGCAAUAAGACCCUCUGUUUUGAAAUUUCUAGAAGCUAAACAUUUUAAGUUUACAAAACUGAACUAUAGAAAGUGCAGGACAUGCCAAUGUGAGAUGAGCACUCUGCUGAAGGAGCAUCUGAUUAAUACGUUUCUGAACUAAAAAUCACAGAGAGUGAUUUUCUGUUAUUGAGCUAUAACUUUUUUUUUUUUGUACAAAGAUACUAGUUUGGAAUACAUACUGUAACUCUGAACCGUUUGUGUUCUGUUGAACCCAUAAAUUAUUGCGCCAUUAACAUUCAUGUACUUUCAAAGUUACAUCAUCCAUGUAGAUUAUUCUGUCAAAUAAAGAGAACUCUUGUAAAGCCUGCUGGGCCUAUACUCUGACUGAAUGGAGGCAUUUCCCAAGAGUGUGAGAAACAGAGCUGAGAUGAUUUCAGUCGGUCUUUUUUCAGGGUUAUUGCAGUACUGUCCUACCUGAAUCUGAGAGAGGAGGAGGAAGUUGACUUUCUCCCAACAACAAGUGGGGCGUCAGUAGCAACAACGAUAACGUGAUGUUCUUGGUCGAUAUCAUUUCCGACAUUCCCAGGAGAAAGAGCAAGAGUUGUCACACGUCAGUCUAGGAGGGAUGCAUCAUAUGUCUUGGGUACUGGGUGCCCUGUGCCAUAUAUGUACAUAAGCUUGAGAACCUCUGCUUAAAAAUCACUUAAAAAGGAUGCGAUAACAUGUGGUAUUUCAGUGACUUGUGCGUAACCAGCAAGGUCCUACAGUGCACACUGUACCUUGUCCAUUUUAAUGGCUAUUUGCAUGUUCCUCUUAACUCUCCUCUCCAUUGUCAAGAGUUCCAGCUGUUAAUCAUGGAGAACUUUAACCAGGAAUUGAUUUGCUGUUCCCCUAACUCAACGUGUCACAUAAUGGAUUUCAGCUGGCUGAAGAAAGGAGAAAGUUGUUGAAAAUCCUCAUUUUAACUUUCCCGGGAUUUUUUUUUUCUUGAAAACUAGGGGUGGGAGGGCAGAGGAGGAGCAGGUAGUGUUGGAACACCUAUUUAUUCUGCCUUAAAACCAUGUUAAAUGAAGAUUUGUUGCGAAUGUAGAGGAUGAAUCCAUUAAUGGAAUGUUACUGUAUUAGUAAAGGGAUAUAACGUGGCUGUUUAUUAGAUAAGCAAUAAUUUUUCUAUGUGUUAUUUGAUAUAGCUAGUGAUUAUUUAUUUACACACUAUGCUAGAUGGUCCUUUGCAUGCCCGUUUCAUGCUUGUGCAGAAUUUCUCCUCGAUCACUGAAGGUAUUUUUACUACGUUGUCAUUUGGAAAUGUUGUUGGAUUGAACCUGACACAUCAUUUUAUUAAAAUUGUGCCUUAGAAAAUGCAAAGCUAUUGCACAUAGUCGGUGAUGACUUAUGGAUACAGUGAAUUUAAGAGGAACGAAGUCAUUCCUGAGACCUUCAGUUCCCGAGACUCCUCCUGGUAGUGGUUGCUGUUUUACAAAAAUGAAAAAAAAAAGUUUUGGAAAUGUACAGAUAUUCAGUCUGAUAUUUUGAUUAACCAUCUGCAUGUUUUAUUGUUAGAUAUUUUGAUAAUGUUGAUGUUUACAUUUUGCAUGGUGUUCACAGAGUACUCUCUCAUGGUAAUGCACAAAACAUGCACAAUUUCAACAUUCAUAACCGAUUUUUAUAGAACCCUUUUUACCUAUGAAACUCCAUCCGUUACAUAAGAAAUACAUGAAUAUUGCACUUUCUUUUCGGGUUCCCACAGCCUCAUUUAUACAUUUUUCUUAGUGAGUCUCAUCAUACAUGUAAUUGAAGCUAGAAUCCAGUCAAGAAAAAUAAAGACCCAUUUUCCAACUGCAAGAUACUCUUUUUUUUUCCAUAAUGAACUCUAGUCACCAGCACAGAAUAAUCUCCAGCAUUCUAAAUUCUAAUUGCCAACUGUUCCUAUUUCUAUUUGAUUUAUAUUUCACUUGGAGUCUGUUACAUGGCAUUUUAGAAAGCCUAGGUCUUUUUUCUCCAAUUCAACAUAAUAAGUAUGAAGAUUUCUUGUUAAAUAAUCUCAGAGAUCCCAGGGGGAGAAAAAAACAACAACAACAAUGCUUUACUACACUGGGUUGUAAUAUGUGUGUGUGUUUAGUUUUAGAAUGAAACAAAGAAAGAAAAGGAGAAAAGUAAAUGAUUUAUUAUUCUUGAGGAAAGAUGAGAUCUGAUUUUUUCUUAGAUCCUCCGAAAGCUGCUCCCUUCUCAUUCUUCAGAAAACAUGGAUAACUCCACUCUUAACUGUGUGUGUGUGUUUCACUAUCAAACUUUCAUGGUGUUUCCUCACUCUUUCUAUGUAGUGUUAUUAAUAUGAAACAUGCUGUAGUUAUCUAUUUGAAGCAUCAAAGUUAAUGAAGUAAAAGGAUCUACGUUAUAUGCAAGACCAGCCAGAAGAAUACAUAUUGUUCUAGGUUGGCUAAUGUGCUAUAUCAGUUACACUAACCUUCAUUUACAAUAUUUAUUCUAAAAUGCCUCUGAAGAGUAGCAAAAAGUUGUCUAAAAUGCAACAGCUUUUAUAGUAAAUGUACAUUUAUAAAUAAAAUACUCAAAUGAA